UUCUCUACAUAAUCUAUUGGCGCAGACACUGAUGUCCGAUUUACUGUCGUGAUCCUGGUGCCCCCAAUGUCAUUUCGAUCUUUCCUCUUCCUCGCGCGCUUCACGAAACAGAACCACCGUCCUCAUCUCUCCAUGCGCCGUUCCCCACUCUCCUCUCUCCACGUGCCAUCCUGUUCUCCCCACCACCACCCUCCCCAUAUCGACGAGCGCCUCGUCCUCGACCAAAUUUCCCACCUUUUUCCCAUUCCCACUUCCAAAUCCCAAAACCCCGUUUCGAAACCCCUCAAACCGCCACAACCAGACGCGAAAUCGGUGGACGCGUUUUUACCCGCCGAAGACAAACUGCGCGGAGUCUUCCUCCAGAAGCUAAAGGGCAAGGCUGCAAUCGAAACUGCUUUGUCCAAUGUUGGUGCUGACAUGGACGUUAGCAUUCUCGGUAAAGUACUGAACAAUGGGAACCUCGGUGGUGAAUCUAUGGUUAGGUUUUUCAACUGGGCAAUUAAACAACCAGGGGUACCCAAUGAUGUUGCUAGUUACCAUGUGAUUGUUAAGGCACUAGGAAGAAGAAAGUUUUUUGUGUUUAUGAUGGGUGUGUUGUGUGACAUGAGAAAACGUGGCAUUGAUGGUGAUUUGUUGAUGUUGUCUAUUGUUAUUGAUAGUUUUGUUAGGGCUGGUUAUGUGUCUAGGGCAAUUCAGAUCUUUGGGAGCAUGGAUGAUCUUGGGGUUCGGCGUGACACCGAGGCUUUGAACGUGCUUUUAUCUUGUCUAUGUCAUCGUUCUCAUGUUGGUGCUGCCAAUUCUGUGUUGAAUUCGGUGAAGGGGAAGGUGUGUUUUGAUGUUGGUACAUACAAUGUGGUUGUUGGUGGGUGGUCUAAGAUUGGUAAGGUGGGUGAGGUUGAGAGGAUUAUGAGGGAAAUGGAGGCUGAUGGGGUUGCACCCGAUUGUAGGACGUUUGGAUUCCUUAUGGAGAGCUUGGGGAGGGUAGGUAGAAUGGAUGAAGCUGUUAAAGUUUUUUGUGGUAUGAAGGAGAAGAAUUGCCAACCAGAUACUCCUGCUUAUAAUGCAAUGAUUUUCAAUUUUGUGUCUGUUGGGAAUUUUGAGGAGUGCAUGAAGUAUUAUAAUAGGAUGUUGAGUGAUAACUGUGAACCUGAUCUUGAUACGUUUGAUAGAAUAAUUAAUGCGUUUCUCAGAGUGAGGAAAGUGGCUGAUGCGCUUCAGAUGUUCGAUGAGAUGUUGAAGCGAGGUGUGGUGCCGUCUAUUGGGACCAUAACAACCUUUAUCAAACGAUUGUGCAGCUAUGGUCCACCUUAUGCUGCUUUGGUGAUAUACAAGAAGGCAAGAAAAUCAGGGUGUGUGAUAUCAAUGGAAGCUUAUAAGAUACUGCUUAUGCGGCUUUCUGACGUAGGAAAAUGUGGAACAUUGUUGAGCAUAUGGGAGGAGAUGCAAGAAUGUGGGUACAGUUCAGAUUUGGAAGUUUAUGAGUAUAUCAUCAGUGGUCUUUGCAAUGUUGGACAACUGGAAAAUGCUGUUCUUGUUAUGGAGGAGGCUUUGGGCAAAAGGUUUUGCCCAAGGAGGCUAGUAUUUAGUAAACUAAGCAACAGGCUGCUUGCUACAAAGAAAACAGAGAUGGCUUACAAGCUGUUUCUGAAGAUCAAACAUGCCCGUUCACUUGAAAACGCAAGAAAUUAUUGGCGUGGUAAUGGUUGGCACUUUUGAACCUGAGGCAAAGGUUUCCAAACCAAGUGUGCCAACUCAUCUGGAGAUCGCGUAUUAUAGUCCUCUUGCUAGAAGUUGGCUGAAGAGAAAAAUGUCAGUUAUCAAUAACAAAUUAUACGGUUGAAGGUCUUUCAGAAUAGACGCAGAUAAUCUAUUUCCCUCACUGAUGUAGGUACCACUCUCUAUCAUUAAAGGAACAGGAAAUGAAGGACUCAUUGUGAAGGCUGAUAUUGAAGAUUUCUUAGCUUCUGAUGCAGCUUCUAGUCAAGUUUCCGCACCCUGAAAGACCAAGGGUGAAACAAAUGCAUCUCUGGAUUAUAUCAACAUUCCUGUCUCUCAGAUACGGAAGGUCCAGCUUCACGGCUGUUAUUAUCAAAGCAAACUAUUCCUCAUUACUAUUUAUCAGUGGAUGCAUGUGUUGAUAAACUCAUGAGUUUGCGGUGCAAACUCAAUUCAUUGCAAGAAGCCUCUGGUGGCUCCCGCAUAUCGGUUGACCUUGUAAUCAAGCUGAGAGGAGGGUCAUUCCGGGAUCAGGUGCUGAAGAAUUCAAGUUUGGUUCUUUCAUGUCUGUGACCCUCAGCUGUGAUCAUCGUGUUAUAGAUUGUGCAAUUGGUGCGGAAUGGCUAAAAGCAUUCAAGGACUAUAUUGAAAAUCUAGAAUCCAUGUUGUUCAAUCGGGUAUUUCUAUAUUCCCAUUUGGGUUUGGUUGUUCUUCAAUUUUUAAUUGAAGAAGUGUUUAGUCACUAAGAAUAAUUUCUGGGGAAAUGUGAUUGUUUUUUAUAAGAGAGGAGGGUAGAUGAGGCAUUUAAUUUAAACCCACCAAUUUUGUUCACAAUAGAUGCUGCC